UAGUCAUGACAUCUUGGUACCUGGUAUCCCUGAUUCUAUCUCUCCUCCUACAAACCACCUCCACACUCUACAACAGGAUCUCCACGUGGGAGAGACGCUGUUUUAUUGAGGAUGUUCCAGACAGCACCAUGAUUACUUAUAAAUGGUCGAUUCACCUAUUUAACGAAAAGCUAGAUGAUUUCGAUAAAGAGCCCUCCAAAGACGCGAGAAUAUAUUUGUUCAUUUCUAAGAAGAAAAAGGAAUCUACUGGCCCAAACCCCGGCAGCUCAAUCGUGAGACAGCAGGAAUUAAAGAACGGACAAGGACUUAUCCACUUCUACGCGGAAGACUAUGGGGAGUAUGAGUGGUGUUUUGAAAUGCAACCUUCAGCUAAUUCUGAGUGGCAAAUAUCUUCAGGGCAUUUAUACGUGGAAGCGACCAGACAGUAUCAAGAUGAAGAGAAGGAGAAGGUAGAGGAUAUAGAGGAUGCCAUCAUUAACACUCUUUCUAAGAACCUUAGGAAAGUGAAGCAGAUUAAGAUGGAACAGAAAUACUACAAGGAACGAGAACAAGAGUUUAGGACGGUUUCCUACCUGACAAGCACAAGGGUUAUUUGGUACGGUGCUGUCACCGCUUUAACUGUGGUUUCUUCGGGAUGCUUCUUGAUGAUGAACUUGAAAUCUUUCUUUAUUUCUAAAAAGCUUGUUUAAUAAAAGUUGUUAACUAGCAAUCCAGUAAACAAUUUCAAUAUUAAAUUUGAUUAUCAACCAUUCAUUCAUUUAUCAUAGCUUAUCAUUUAUGAGUCUGGUUAUGGGGUCAGAUCAUUAUUAUUAUUGAAUAUUUUAUAUAGUUAUCAUAUAUUAGAUUUAUCCUUUUAAUCUUCUUCGAAGAAAAGAAACAGAUUUUAAAAUUCAUUUAUUUUUAAAACUGGCUGUAUUAAGUAUUGUCGUUGUGUAUAUACAACUAAUCAAAAUGACGAUUAUUAAACAUUCUAUUCCAUUUCAUCACUAAUUGUAUGAUUUUCAAAUGGCUGCCGAUUAUUGCUUGCGUAAAUAUCUUGGUACAGUCGAAAGUACCUUAAACGCAGAAAUUCGUGAUUCCACAAAUAAAAGUAAUGAUCACAGCGCAAUGAUCUUUCAAUUUACUGUUUUAGAAUUGAUAAUAUGUUCCCAAAAACCCUGUCGUGAUCG